UCCAACUAAGGAAUACCUGUCGAGGGCAAAGGAGAUGGAUGUGGAACGACCAUCCAACGUGUCGUUCUUCGACUUCGUGGGGGGACUGCAGCUGCUGCGCGGGGAGGACGCGCGCACCGCCAUGCCGGUCGUCCUGAUGGGAAUCUGCGUGUCCGGAGCGCUCGGAAACCUGCUCGUUCUGCUGAUUUUCAUCCGUGACUUCAGACACGGGAAGGGCUCCGAGGUGAAGGCGCUCCUCGCCUCUCUGGCGUGCACGGAUCUGGUGAUCCUGCUGCUGUGCGCUCCCGUGCGCGCCAUCACCUACUACGCGCAGAGCUGGACGCUGGGCGGUUUUGCGUGCCGCACCACGGACUGGUUCCAGCACUCCUGCGUGGUGGCCAAAACCCUCAUCGUCGCAGCCACAACCAGAGCCAAGCACACCCUGGUCACAGCCCCGGGGCCCGUGCACAGCCCGACGUGGAUCCACGCAGCCCUGGCUUUUAUCUGGAUAGUGUCCAUGCUGUUCCCCAUCCCGCAGCUGCUUUUCUCCUCCCUGCUGCCUCAUGGAAGCGGCUUCAUCUGCGUCUCCGAGAUGCCGGCGUGCGCGUCUGACUUCAUGAGCCUGUUCUACAAGAUCUACCCCACCGCCACCUUCGUGGUGCCGGUGGUCUGCACGCUGGGCUACUACACCAAGACCCUGCACACGGCGGUGAACCACGCCCCGGCCCCGCACCAGCACCCCAGGGUGAUCCUGGUGCUGCUGUGCCUGAGCGGGGCCCUGGGGCUCCUGCUGCUGCCGGACUGGGCCGCCUUCACCUGGAUCCGCCUCGGCUACAACCCCCCUCCCGUGGGGCUGGUGAUGUGCGCGCAGGUGCUGCUUUACGCGUGCAGCUCCCUGUCUCCGGUCAUCCUCAUGACCAUGUACGACGACGUGCGCCAGGGCCUGGUGGCCGUGUGGUUGUUGCUGCUCUGCAGGAGCAGGAGGAGCAUGCAGAGCUCCAACAAGUCUCCAAAAACGGAGGGCAACGGUGCGGAGGUCGCGGCCAACGCCGUGGCCAACGCGCUGGAGCAGCAGGAGCAGGAGGAGGAGAAGACGAUCCCCGACGUGGAGCACUUCUGGACCGGCCGCAGGGACACGCAUGUGGACGAGCAGCACGACCCCAUCCCCUGGGAGACGGAGGAGAAGAUGCUGUAGGAAAGAAAGGCUGGAGAGUUCGUACAGCCUUGCCCAAA